CUCCCAUUCACUCUCUCGUCUCCGCUGUCGUCGUCGUUGUCGUCGUCGCUGUGGCCGCUGGAAGAGCCGUGGUGCAGAGUCUGAGCAGAGAGGGCCGUGUGCUAUACCACCCACGCCAUAUACCCACUUCGUCGACGACUAGCCAACGCUGUCUCGAAACCCACUCGUCGGCCCGCCGAGCUCACCGGUCACCCACCCUUUGACGAAGUCUUUGAAGGAGAGGAGGAUGUCCUACUGAGGACGGGGAAGAAGAGGCAGGAACCCACCCAGAGGCAACAGCAUAUACUUCCACGCCGAAACAAAGCAAGAGGCAGCAGUGGGACGAUGGAGUUCGAACAGGCAUACACGGGUGCCGUCGACUGGAACUUCCCCAGUCCGGGAGCCACGCCCACCAGCGCUGCAUACACGCCCAAUGUCUUCCACACGCCCAAGACAGCCUCGUUCCCCUCACAUUUCCACGAUGCCUUUGCAACGCCGCAGAUGGCCAGCUACACACCGUGCCAAGCCGACUUCCCAGACAUGCACGCAGCACAGCGGCCGCACACUGCUGCACCAGACACCCGCAGCCAUGACGCCCAUCAACACGGCCAAGCCAUGCCACCACCACCAGGUGCUGCCAUGUACCAGAACUUCAUCAUGAGCCCAAUGUACGACAACACUUCACGGCCGCAGACUGCCGUACCUGUGAACCAGUCCUUGACGUAUGAUACCAUCCAAAUGCAAACACCGCCGCCAACUCGAGGGUCUUCAGUGAAGAAGCCUCAAAUGCAGGAGGUCGCCUUUGGUACGCCGUCGACCAUAGCAUCAAGGAGAUUUGCCAGUCCGAAUGUCGCUUUCCUGCAAAGGCCAAUGCAGAAUCCGCAGCUGCAGAUGUCGCCGAACAUGUACCAGUUUGGCAACUUCGGCCCUGCUACCGCUCCAGCUAUGCCACAAGCCCAGCUCCUCUGGGAUCAACAUGGUACUCCUGUCGCCAUGCAACAGCAACAACCCAUGUUGGACGAUCCCUUCGCACCAAACUCAUCCGCGUCUAUGCAAUGGUCUCAGACUCAGCCACAGCAAAAUAUUGCAUCACCCACGGCUUUCAACACUCCUGCCAUGAACAGUUUCUCGCUUCAACCUGCUACACAGCGACCUGCGUCAGCUGUUCAGCUCAAUUACAUUUCAGAUCCUGUUGCAACUACCACUAGUGUUGACCCAUCAUUAGUAUACAGCUCGCCCAUCCGGCCACCUCAGGAGUUCUCACAGGAACCUCCGAAAACCCACCAGAGAUUGCAGCCGAGUGCUCUAGAGUCGAACCCAAAACCAAAGGGAGGCCGGAAAGCGGAGUCGAAGAAGCCGGAACACAAGCGUACCGAUACCACAACGACAGUUGGUUCCAGCUCGACUGGUAGCUCAUUUACCCUCGCAACGUCGCGGCCUGUACUUUCAAGAAGCAAUACCACUGGCACUGCCAGGCCGCAGUCUAUGCAGUCUUUCUCUAGUGCUGAAACGCUGAGUCGACGAAACAGUGUCCUUCAAGAGCCACGAACAGCAUCACCGCUGAAGCGUGUUGGAAGAACCAAUCUAGGUUCCAUAUCGGAAAGCAGAAAGGCGAGGCCACCGAGCGUGAUCUUGACUGUUGACGAGUUUGGUCGUGCCCGAGCUGUAAGGACGGAUGUGCCGCGCGAAAACAGCCCAACAAAGGCUAUGCGGGAGAGAUAUCCGGGACUCUAUGACAGCGACUCGAGUGAGGAUGAGGAGUCAGAGGGCGAAAAGGAUAUCCCGAGCCGAAGUACUUCAUUCACGUUUACAAAAGGAGAAGACCGAAACCCGAAGAUAGCGAAACUCGAUCCGCCUAUCGAAGGCAUUGAUGGUCUCAGCAUACCUCGGACUUCGUCAGCUGCUUCGAUGAAGGUCGCGCCGUCUCGAGCAUCAAUCGCCGCGGCAGCGCAGCUCCGACGUGGAAACAGCCUGCGGAAACGCAAUCCCAGCCGGAAUAGCUCGCGACGGGCGAACAACUCCGGUGCAACCUCAAUUGACACAGCACCCAUGGACGUCUCAUCAGAUCGGAGACAAUCGUUUAUCGGGUCUGAAGACUUCGAUAGAGGCCUCACCUUGACCUCUCGUACCUCGUUCGAGCUGGACGCGCAUAAUAGGAGAUGGUCCAAGAUGUCCACGUCGGAGCAUCAGCCCAGCAUCUCACCUACACAUCCUGCACAGUUCUCGCAACCCCAGUCUUCUCCGGCAAAGCGAGUUCGUUGUCUUUGUGGAGACAAUCGAGAAAAAGGAGUGAUGGUCCAGUGUACGAGCUGUACUCAAUACCAGCAUGCAAAUUGCGUCGGUGGCUCGCAGGUUACCGGUUCUCGCACGUGCUUUCUCUGUACCAAGCCUACUUCACGGCUUCAGGUGAGCAAUCGCAGAAGAUGAGCUGCACUUUUGAUGCAUCCGCAUUUGUCACUUUAUUCAAUACACAUCUAGCGUUCAAGCACGUAAUGGGGUACGCAUUCAGACGAUACGCCCUAAAUUUUGGAAGAGGAUUGGAGAUUUGGAAGCAAGCCACAGGUUGGCAUUGUUUCGGCGUUGAAAGAAAGAAUUACAUUGUACGACAACACUGCGAGACCAGUUCCAGGCUGGUGAGACAAAGCGGCUUUUUGUUCGCAUAAUGCAUUGUACUCAGAUACACAUCGAAAC